AUGGCUGCCCCCGUCCUUCCGCUGCAGCAGGUCAAGCUGCCUGCGCUGCCGUCGACUCGUUUAACCCCCGAACAGCAAUACUGGAAGACGUUUAAGAACCCCCUCCUGAUCCCAUCACCGGCCAAUGGACCCGUCAAUCUCAUUACGCAGCCGUCCGCGCCCUCCUCCGCUUCCGCCUUCCCCUCUCUUACACAACCCCCGGAUGUCUUCACCGUGACGACGGGCGCCCGCGUCCAGAUCUACUCGAUCCGCACGCGCAAGCUCCUCCGCACCAUCACGCGGUUCGACGAUACGGUGCGCGGCACGGACGUGCGCCCGGACGGCCGCGUCCUCGUGGCCGGUGACGACACCGGCGCCGUGCAGGUGUUUGACGUGGCGUCGCGCGCCAUCCUCAAGACGUGGAAGGACCAUAAGCAGCCGGUGUGGGUGACCAAGUUCUCGCCGAGCGACCCGACGUGCGUGAUGAGCGCCAGCGACGACCGCACCGUGCGGCUGUGGGACUUGCCCAGCCAGAACAGCGUCAAGACGUUUGUCGGGCAUACAGACUACGUGCGCAGCGGGGCGUUCAUGCCCGGCUCGCUGGCGUCGUCGAACCUGCUCGCCUCGGGCAGCUACGACCGCACCGUGCGUCUGUGGGAUCCGCGCGUGGAGGGCCGCGCGGCCAUGACGUUCAAGAUGGCGGCGCCCAUCGAGAGCGUGCUGCCGAUGCCGACGGGCACGACGGUGCUCGCCUCGGCGGAUAAUAGGAUCGCGGUGCUGGAUAUCGUCGCCGGCAAGCCGCUGCAUAUGAUUCAGAGCCACCAGAAGACGGUCACGGCGCUGUCGCUGGCGUCGAACGGCGAGCGCCUGCUGAGUGGUGCGUUGGACGGCCACAUGAAGGUGUUUGAGACGACGGGGUGGAACAUGGUGUCUGGGUCGAAGUACCCGUCGCCGAUUCUGUCGCUGCGCGCGAUCACAUCGGGUGCGGCGCAGGAGGACAAGCACAUCGCGGUGGGUAUGCAGUCGGGACUGCUGUCGAUCAAGACGCGGCUGUCGGGCCAGCAGAAGAUCAAGGAGCGCGAGCGGCGGAAGGAGAUGCAGGCGCUGCUGGAGGGCAAGCUGGAGGAGCACGACCGCAAGAUGGCGAAGAAGAAGAAGCUGCGCGGGUCGGGCUGGGAGAAGCGGCUGCGCGGGCGGGACUUCAUCGGCGAAGGCGUGGAGAUCACGAUCGACGGCCAGGAGGGGCGGAAGCGCAAGAAGGAGCAGAGCUGGGAGGUCGACCUCCGCAAGGCCAAGUACUCGGCGGCGCUGGACCAGGUGCUGUCGUCGCGGGACAAGACGGCGCAGCUGACGCUGCUGACGGCACUGCGGCACCGCUCGGCGCUGCGGGCGUCGCUGCAGAACCGCGACGAGGUGACGCUGCAGCCGGUGCUGCGGUGGGUACACAAGAACAUCACGGAGCCGCGGCUGGUCAAGCUGUGCGUGGAGGUGGCGAUGAACGUGCUGGAUAUCUACUCGGCGAACCUGGGCCAGUCGGCGCAGAUUGACAAGAUGGUGGAACGGCUGCACCGGCGGCUUCGAGAACCCCUCGCCGUUCUCCGGCGGCUGCAACCAAUUCCGCCGGUCAUAUUCCCAGCCCUCAGCGCCUUCAAUGACAUGAAAGGUAUACGCAUACCGGCUGCGCGGGCUGGUAUUCUUCUCACUCUUGUGCAGCACAUUGCCAUGGAUCAAGACGAGCGACCCAGCCUUGACCUCAAGCACAUCCACAUCCUCCUCCUUUGGCGCCAGACUCGCAUCCUCCUCCUCCUGCAUGCCCUUCGGCAGUCCCGGCCCCUCAUUCACCACAAACUCCGUCCCAACCGCCUGUCCCUCCUCAUUCACCCUCCUCACAAACCGCCUCUUCACCGCACCCCCAGCCCGCCCGCGAUGCGAACCCGGAAACAUCCCCAGCGUCGCAUUCCCCGGCCCCGCAUCCUGCAGCGCAAUCCACCACCCCACCGCGGACGGCGGAUCCGUAUACAGAAAUUCCGAGUCGCGGUGCGGCGGCACCGCGCCCCCGAUCCCGGGCUGCUUGCAGAUCACCAUGCUCUGCAGCACGCGCGGGUCGACGAACCCCAGCGACCGAGCGAUGUCCGCGUUGCGCGCCGACAGCGUGACCCCGCGGAACGGCGGCGACAGCGUGUGCAGCGAGUGGCCGAUCUUGUUGAUGGCCUGCUGCUUGGGUUUCUGGAGCGCGGCGCGGCCGGUGCGUGCGUCCGGCGCGCCAAACGCGUCCGGCUCGAAGAAGAAGCGCACCUUGUCGCCUGA